AGCAAACACAUUGACAAGAGUGCCCCUGUCAGUAAAGAAGAAAUAAAGACAAGUGCCGAGAAGAACCUAGUGUCCCUUCAGCUAGUAGAAUCCAGUCAUCAUAUCAUCGCAGGCCAUGGGGUGAAGAGUAGGGGUGUACAGACUGACCCUGCUAGUGAUCCAUUAGGCGCCUGGGGCGGAGGUGUGCAGCGAACAAUCAGCACACUAAACUACUACCCACCAGUCCCACCAGCCAAUUGGGUCAAGUUCGACCCGACACAUCCUAUCUCCAAACAGCCGCAGAGAUCUCUGGCUAACGCCAUGCUGCAGGGGGUGGAGCCUGAUGAAGUACAGAGAGACGUGCAACUUUCUGCAUCUUCCUUGGAGAGAGAGUUGAACAGAAUGACCAGUGGCAUCAAAGGGUUCCUACAAUACACCCUUGAAAUAAUCCAAUCCCAAGUGUGUGCCAUGGCAACAUCAAACAACAAGCUUCGGUCUCACAUAGCAACCAAGAAACAACACCUAUUGGGAGAUAGUGGUUGCCUUAGUGAGCAGUGG